ACAUUCACGAGGACGAGCUCUGCGGGCGCCUUCUAGCGCUGUUGCGUCGAACGGAGAGGGGCGGAGUCUGUCUGGGUCGCUCGGUAAACCGGAAGCCUGUGUUGGAAAUGUUUGUGUUGUCACGAAGCGCCAGAAUUUUUAUUCUAUGAAGUUAAAGCGUCGUGUUUUGUCCCAAAGAAAGAGGACUGCAUCACCUUUAAAUGCGAUUUAAAGCCUAAACGUUUUCGUUUAUGACUAGCUUAGCUUGUUAUGACUGAGAACAGGGGGAAGUAGCGCGAGAGUAAUGUCGACCAAAACAAACGCAAGUAAGCCCAAAGACAGCGCUGAAGUUAUAAAAAACAUCCACAAGCAGGCGUUUGAGUAUAUAUCCAAGGCACUGAAGAUCGACGAGGACGACACAGGUGAGAAGAAGGAGGCUGUGCAGUGGUACAAGAAAGGGAUUUCUGAGCUUGAAAGGGGUAUUGCAAUAGAGCUCACUGGGCAAGCAGGAGAGCAGUAUGACCGAGCAAAGAGACUCCAGGAUAAAAUGGUCACCAACCUCACCAUGGCAAAAGACAGGCUUACCCUUUUAGAGACGACACUAGCCUCUAAAAGGAGAAAUGACCCCCAAGGGACAUCACGUCAUGCUCUUCCACAGCCAAAGUCAGUUCCUAAAAGUCAACCCGCAGGUGUUUCCACCACCAUCAGACCCUCCACUCCUGUAAGACCUUCAUUAAGACUAACUGAUGCAAAGACAACUGCUCGGGUGGGAAAAACUCAGAAUGGAAGACCGGCAGCUGUGAAACAACCCCCGAAGAGGGAUAUGAAAAACUUCAAGAAUGUGGACAGUAAACUGGCCAACUUAAUUAUGAAUGAAAUUGUAGACAGUGGAGCGACUGUGUCAUUUGAUGACAUCGCAGGGCAGGAUCUGGCAAAGCAAGCACUUCAAGAAAUUGUCAUCCUUCCUGCCUUAAGACCUGAGCUCUUUACUGGUCUGAGAGCUCCUGCACGUGGCUUGCUUUUAUUUGGCCCACCAGGAAAUGGGAAGACCAUGCUCGCCAAAGCAGUUGCUGCAGAGUCUAAUGCAACAUUCUUCAACAUCAGUGCUGCUAGUUUGACCUCCAAAUAUGUGGGAGAAGGCGAGAAGCUUGUACGAGCACUCUUUGCGGUUGCAAGAGAGUUACAGCCCUCAGUAAUCUUCAUCGAUGAAGUGGACAGCUUGCUCUGUGAAAGGAGGGAGGGGGAGCACGACGCCUCUCGCCGUUUAAAAACUGAGUUCCUCAUUGAGUUUGACGGGGUGCAGUCAGGAAAGGAUGACAGGGUACUUGUAAUGGGAGCAACUAACAGGCCCCAGGAGCUCGAUGAAGCAAUAUUAAGGCGCUUUGCAAAAAGAGUAUUUGUGACCUUACCCGAUGAGAAGACAAGAUUUACGCUGCUGAAAAAUCUUUUGGGAAAGCACGGGAGUCCACUGAGCCAAAACGAACUGUCCUGUCUUGCAAAAGUGACUGCAGGAUAUUCAGGGAGCGAUUUGACAGCAUUAGCCAGAGAUGCUGCACUUGGCCCAAUACGAGAGUUGGGACCAGACCAAGUCCGUAAUAUGGCUGCUGCUGAGGUGCGCAACAUUAAGAAGAAAGACUUUGAGGAUUCUCUGAAGCGAAUCAAACCAACUGUUAGUCCAGCAACUCUUACUAUGUACACAAAAUGGAACAAAGAUUUUGGUGAUACAUCAGCAAUUUAAACUCACUCACCAUCUCAACUGGAAAAGAAUCUGAAUUUAAAUCAAAUUUGUUUACCUUCAUUUCCUCUACAGGUAAUUGAAUUGAAUUAAAGAUGGAAUAAACCCUAAAGCAAUAAUGUUAAAGCAAUAAUGUAUGAAUGUUGGGACAUUUGGAUGCAUUAUCAGAUCCUUUUUUGUUUGACAGAAGGAAUUUGCUAAUACGAUUCUUAUGGGCUUUCUUGAAACUGUAAUUUUACACUCCUAAAAUAUUGAAUUGCUGCUUGAAAUUGUAAUAUUUAUUUUUGAAAACAUCCUGUAGAUGACAGCUUUCCACUUGCCUCGCAAAAAGAAGCAAGUCAAUCUUGAGCGUGACCUCGCCUUUUUUAGAUGACAUCAUUUAGUCACCUGAUACUCUGACACAUUGAUGGUACUGACUUUAACACUCUCCAUGCCUAGAUGCAUAACACGAGCAAUAAUUGGGAGAAGAGUUGCCUAUGUGGGCUUUUUUGUAUUAUAAGUUUGUUUAUGAAGGUUUUCCAUCUGCACCAGUCGUCUAUAGAUAUUAAUACUUGUAUUUGACAGCUGGAGACUCAGUAAACUGUGUUGUUACAAUAAGCUGAAAAUGAUUUCACUGAGCCAAACUGCAGUGGUGGUUUCCCACUUUCCUUCUUCAAUAAAUGCAUUCAU